AUGUCUGAAUAUAUUUUGAAUUCUAAUAAUACAUAUAAUGUUGAUCCAUAUUAUAAUAGAAAUUGUCAUUGGAUGAAAUCAUUAAAUGUACCUAUGUAUCCUACUACAUCAACUGCUGUACAACUGGAUCCAUUAAUUAUGAGUGAAGUUAUAAAAAAAUUUACUCUUAUUGCUCCAAUUAAAAAUGCUCUUUCUGCAAGGAAAAUAAAUAAUCUUAGUUAUAUAUGUGUAGCAAGUGGAUUGGCUAGAAAUACAGAACUUCAGAUUGAAAUCAAACAUACUAAUGCAAAUGAAUAUGAUUUUAGACCUAGUUUCACUGUUCAGGGUUCAAAUAUGAAAAACAUUGAUGAGGCAUUAUCAUUUAUAAAUUUAAUAAUAGAAAAGUCAAGAAUGAUAACAAAACUUGAUAUUGUAAUGGAAAUUAAUGAAUUAUCUAUUUUUAAUCAACUUCUUCAACCAGUUUUAGAAAGUGAUAAAUGUAUUUUGACACAUUUAUUAAUUCGAAGACGAUAUUGUGGUCAAAAGUUACCGAUUAUUGUUAAUUUAAUUAAAAAACAUAAAAAAACAUUAAAACAGAUAAAAAGAAUUGGUUUAUCUGAAGCGGUAGAAUGUUUUAAUGAAGAUAUUAAUUUAACUUCUGUAUCUAUAAUGAAUUUUGAUAUUGUAAAUAAUGGAAAUUUAGAAGGUGAUGAAUUGAAUGAUAGAUCAAGUCAAAUGAUGUUUCAAUUAGGAGAAUCAGGAGCAACAUUUUCACAUCUCUCCUAUACAACAUAUACAGGUUUCGAUCUCACUAACACUUCAAUAUUAACAAUGUUAAAAAAAUGUCGUGUAAAAAGUUUAAGAAUAACUAUGCAAAAAGGAUCACCAAUCUCCAGUUGUUUAUAUACCAAAAGUUUAUUAGAUGAUUUACUUGAAUUAGAAUUAGUAGGUGAUAUUGUUAAACCUACAGGAGAUUUAAAUAUUCUUUUUCCUAAUCUUAAACAUUUCCUAUACUCUAAAAAGAAUCUUGCUAAUGGUCCACCCAAUUAA